UGGAAGUUCCAACAUAAUUGACGGAGCAUUCAAUCUGUGAGCUCCGAGCACCGCCUCGGUUUCGUCGUCGCCUUCUUCCCCUCAAUUUGCUUAUAUUUCUCCGUUUCCAUUCCAAUCCACUGCGCUCUCUCUUUCGUCUCGCCUUCUUCCCCUGAAUUUGCUUAUAUUUCUCCAUUUCCAUUCCAAUCCACUGCGCUCUCUCUCUCUCUCUCUCUCUCUCUCUCUACUCGAAGGGCCUGCUUGAUUCGGAAAUGGAUUCUGCCAUGACAUUCUGCAAAUCUGUCCAGUCAUCUCCUGGUUUAUUUAUGGGGAGAGCUAGAGGAACUAGAAGCCUCCAAUGUAGCGUUACGGUGGGAAGCAGGGUGAACUUUCCUCGGCAGAGAGCUCGAGCUGCUCAAGUUAGUCGUAAGUCAGGAAAACGUGGAGGUGCCCUUUAUGCCACAUGUCGUGAUGAAAAAAUUCUGGUAGCAAACAGAGGUGAAAUUGCUGUGCGUGUAAUUCGAACUGCUCAUGAGAUGGGGAUACCUUGUGUUGCCGUUUACUCAACCAUAGACAAGGAUGCACUUCAUGUGAAACUGGCUGAUGAAUCAGUUUGCAUAGGUGAAGCACCAAGCAACCAAUCGUACUUAUUGAUCCCCAAUGUCCUUUCUGCUGCUAUCAGCCGUGGGUGUACGAUGUUGCAUCCUGGUUAUGGUUUCCUUGCUGAGAAUGCAGUUUUUGUUGAAAUGUGCAGAGAGCAUGGCAUAAAUUUUAUAGGGCCAAAUCCAGAUAGUAUCCGUGUCAUGGGUGACAAAUCAACUGCCAGGGAAACAAUGAAGAAUGCUGGUGUUCCAACUGUCCCAGGAAGUGAUGGAUUAUUGCAGAGUACAGAAGAAGCUGUCAGGCUUGCAGAUGAGAUUGGAUUUCCUGUCAUGAUUAAGGCAACAGCAGGCGGUGGAGGGCGUGGAAUGCGUCUUGCUAAAGAACCUGAUGAGUUUGUGAAGUUGUUGCAGCAAGCUAAGAGUGAGGCCGCAGCUGCAUUUGGAAAUGAUGGUGUUUAUUUGGAGAAGUACAUUCAAAAUCCAAGACAUAUUGAGUUCCAGGUUCUUGCUGACAAGUUUGGAAAUGUUGUCCACUUUGGAGAGCGUGAUUGCAGUAUUCAGAGAAGGAAUCAGAAGUUGCUGGAAGAAGCACCGUCACCUGCAUUAACCCCUGAGUUGCGGAAGGCCAUGGGUGAUGCUGCAGUUGCCGCAGCAGCAUCUAUAGGUUACAUUGGCGUGGGUACAGUUGAGUUCCUUUUGGAUGAAAGAGGUUCAUUUUACUUCAUGGAAAUGAACACGCGGAUCCAGGUUGAACAUCCUGUAACAGAGAUGAUUUCCUCUGUUGACCUGAUUGAAGAACAGAUCCGUGUUGCCAUGGGUGAAAAACUCCAUUACAAACAGGAAGAUAUUGUUCUUAGAGGACAUUCCAUUGAGUGCCGCAUUAAUGCUGAAGAUGCUUUUAAAAAUUUCAGGCCCGGUCCAGGGAGAAUAACAGCUUACUUGCCAUCUGGAGGACCAUUUGUCAGAAUGGACAGCCAUGUAUAUCCUGAUUACGUAGUUCCCCCAAGCUAUGAUUCCCUACUUGGAAAGCUUGUUGUAUGGGCUCCAACAAGGGAGAAGGCAAUUGAACGCAUGAAAAGGGCUCUUGAUGACACUGUAAUUACAGGUGUUCCAACAACAAUUGAAUACCAUAAACUUAUCCUUGACAUUGAGGACUUCAAAAAUGGAAAAGUUGAUACUGCUUUUAUCCCAAAGCAUGAACAAGAGCUUGCUGCGAAAUGACAGGCCCUCUCUCCACUCCACCCUUCAAAACACAAAAUCCCAUAUGAAAGGUGCCCCCAUGCCCCCUUGGUUUACAUGUUCAGAGGCUUGAGGGUUAUCCUGUUAUGCCCCUAAACCUACUGGAAGUCUAAAUAGCAAUAUUGCUUAUAGUGAAUCAUGGAGCUUCUAGAGUGGGUUCUUAGCCCAGUCAAAUUGGUUGCUCCAUAGUCUAAAUUCGUAUUUUCUGUCCCUACUCUCCCCACACCCUGCCUCCUUCCAGCCCGACAAAGUGUUCCCGAAAGUGUGGUAUUGGUUAUUCUGCAGAUAGACCUUGCGCCACAUGCACUUAUUUCAGUGUGUUUCUGAAAUAACUGAUCCUCCGUUUCCAUGCGC